AUGGGAAACACGGUGACCAGGGAUGACUUUGAAUGGGUUUAUACAGAGCAGCCUCAUUGCAGCCGCAGGAAAAUGAUUUUGGCCAAACAUCCUGAAAUCAAGUCUUUGAUGGGUCCGGAUCCUCAGCUGAAGUGGGUGGUGACGGCAAUGGUUCUGACCCAGUUGCUGUGCUGCUUUCUGGUCAAGGACCUCAGCUGGAAGUGGCUGUUCUUUUGGGCCUACGCCUUCGGCGGCUGCAUCAACCACUCCCUGACCUUGGCCAUUCACGACAUAUCCCACAAUGUACCCUUUGGCAAUAAGGAUGCUCUACGUAACCGCCUCUUUGGCAUCUUUGCCAAUCUACCCAUUGGCGUCCCCUAUUCCAUCAGCUUUAAGAAGUACCACGUGGACCAUCACCGUUACCUCGGCGGCCACGGCUUGGAUGUUGACGUGCCCACCACGCUGGAGGCGCGUCUCUUCAGCUCGCCCGCCCGAAAGAUCUUGUGGAUCAUUCUUCAGCCUUUCUUCUACGCGUUACGUCCCUUGGUCGUGAAUCCCAAGCCCCUGUCACGACUGGAGGUGCUUAACGCUGCCGUGCAACUGGCCUUUGACGCGGUAAUUGUUUGGUUGUGGGGGCCCAAGCCGUUGGUGUACCUGGUGGCUGGCUCUAUCCUUUGCAUGGGCCUCCACCCCAUCUCUGGACACUUCAUAGCAGAGCACUACAUGUAUCUCACAGGUAUAGAGACUUACUCCUAUUAUGGCCCUCUCAACUACAUCACUUUCAAUGUGGGCUACCACAUGGAGCACCACGACUUUCCCAGUAUACCAGGCAGCCGUCUACCUCAGGUGAAAAAAAUGGCACCGGAGUUCUAUGACAACUUACCCCAGCAUGAUUCCUGGACCAGGGUUCUAUGGGACUUUGUCUUCUGUGAUUCACUGGGACCAUAUUCCAGGGUCAAAAGAAACUUCCCUUUGGCAAAGGAGGAGUAA